AUGAUAGACACCCAGUGUUACAGAUCAAGAAACCCGUCGGACCCAUCCCCCGCCAUCGCGGUACCCCUUCACAAUUAUGUUCCACUACGACCUCGUCCUCGAUCCCUCUCAUCACCUCCUCGAUCCCUCUCAUCUCAUGUAGCCACCAUGAAAUCCGCACAAUACAUCGAUUCCAGUUUCCACCGUCUCAACCCGGGUCGACCACUACCACUUCCCCAAUUGCACCAUUCAACGGGCUUGGCCUGCCCAGCCUGUUAUGCGCAAGGGAGGCAGGACAUGCCAUUGAAGUACAUACGGCAACUUUCAACUUAUUGGCGCGUCGCGUGCAGCAUCCAGCCUCCUCCUGGUGGCCAAGGGCAUUUUUACCGAAGCUGGACUUUUGCAAAGCUCAAUCACGAGAUCGCAUCCAUAAACGCGGGCCACUGGCCUCCAAUCCCAUACACACCUCCUAGUCAGCCCGUCGCCACCCAAAAUCCCACGGCAUCAAAUUCAGAUAUCGGCCCACCACAACAACUCACAAUGUUCGCAAGCCAGCAAUUGGUGGAGCAACUAUUCCCCACCACGGCCCCUACCUCAAAAGCACGACCUCCCAAGCAAACGGACGGUAUCCUAUGCCGCGGAGUUGGGGGUCGCACUAGCGCUCAUAAACCAACCGACGCACGCAAAGGCAACAAACAAUGUCACUACCACGCCUGUGCCUCGUGCUGUCAAAAAUUGGGAGACAAGAACCGCGCCUGUCCAGCCAAGGGUCAUGCCCACAAGACAAACACCACCAAGCCUCACGCCAGUACCAGCGCUGCUCCAGCCAUCCACCCAGUUCUAAAGCGUUUGAAUCGGGAAUCAUCUGUAGAGGUCAUCGAAGGAUCGCGCCAGGCCGCCAAUCUCCCAAUGCACAGGCGCCUGCCAAAUCAGAGCGCCCAGACUGGCGCUUGCCUCGCGCAAGAAAUGGACAAUGCUCAGCUUGGCCGGUUUUUUGAAUUGCAUUCGGAGCGUCUCGAAGCCAACAAACGAGAUCAACGCCUAGAAGCUGAUGAGGCCAAGGUUGUCAAAGUCGUUGCAUGGCUCCGAGCCGAAGAAGCACCCAAAUUCUUCUCCUUCCUCGCAUCAAAAUGGCCGAAAUUCACCCUGGACCAAUGCCAGCACCUCGUCAAUGAGGCUGCUGUCAUAGAAGGUCUGGAAGACCCCGACGGCUGGAGUCGAACUUUUUCGAUAUGGGAUCCGACAUUGGAUGGAUGGGUACGAGGCUCAGUCUAUACUAUGUCAUUUCAUGACAUGUUGAUCCUAACACCUAAUGUUUUCCAGUGUACGCAAGGUGUAGACGUCCCCUCUCGCCACCCCAUUGCGCCCCGACAGAUACUUGUUAAACGGGUGCCGCUUAAAGAAAAGGAGUGUUUGCGUUUUGACUAUUUCCUCAAGUCGACCUACAAGACAACCACCUCGCCUCGCCCCCCCACCCCUUACCUUCCAAGUGGUGUGAGCAGCACCUCCCCUGUGAAGGCGCCGGCGGCGCCCACGUCAUCACAACCAGGCCUACAUGAUCCAGACGAUGACGAUGAGGUGGAGGUCAUUCCCAACAUCCCGGCUAGCUCGGUCAACCAGGAUCCAGCUCAAGCGCAACCUGACUCAGACCACACCGCCAAAGCUUCGUGGCCCGACGAUGAUGCACCGAUGAGUCACCUGAUGGAGUGGCACAUGUUGUUGUCAACCAUGCCCCGUCUACGCGCUUGGGAUGCGAUGUUCAAGCAUCAAUUUGUCCGAGGUGACCGCACUGUCUAUCGGUACGCGCAAUGGCUUGACCUUGUAACUGAACCAAGGUUGCGAAGAUGGGAAGCCCUGCAGAACAGCAUCAACUGUACACCCACCAUCGGAGCUCUGCGUCAAGAGUUCCACAAAGAAUUCGUCGAAGUAGGACGCCUGGCAGGCGCCAACAUCGGCGCUAAUGCCACCUCUCAAGCGUCUCUGCAAGAACCUCUGCAGAGAGGUCAGAAACGUAAAUUGGUUUACUCGACCGGAAUCUGUGCCCUUAUUCGAUCUCAUUGUUCUUCCAGCACCAUGGUCCCAUCACCAACACUUACGAUCUGUAUGGCCCGCUUGUUAGGGAUGAAUGGAUUAAGCGAGCAUGUCCAUGCUCGCUUAGUCCAUCUGGCCAGGGAUGAGCGAAUCAGGGAUUCGCUAAUCUUGGAAGUCAUUAGAUCAGAUUCGCUACUAUUGGAAGUCAUCAGGAUUGAAGCAAUAAUGGUCGGAGAAGGGGAAGAAUGCCAGAGCUUGUUACUUACCGCCAUGAACGACACCGAGAACCACUUUUCGGACAGCGACGAUUCCGCCUCCUCUACUAAUACUCAAGUUGAGGACGAACACGUCCAACUCCAACUCCCAGUUACAAGUGACCCUAUUUCCUCCAACUUGGAACUAUCCGGUAAUUUGGAUGAUGAAGCUGAGGCCGAGUCACCCAGUGCUUCCGAAGCAACCACCUUCGGUCUCAUUGAUCCAGCAUCGAUCACUCUGCACUCAGUCUGCGGAAUGGAGAACGUGGUAUUGGUGCACGCGUUCAAUCCCACCUUGGUAUCACAGCACCUUGGCCGAUACACCCUCCCCCUCGUUCAACUUGUUCAAACUAAUCUAUCAAUGGGCAAUCCGCACAACAAUGCCACCAUCUUUUGCAUACAACAUGCCCCAUCCAAUGGUAUUGGAUGGACUUUUUGUGGACAACCUGCCCUUAUAACCAUCUCCAACGAGUUCAUCCACGCAUGGGAUUUUCGGUCGACUUACAAAGGGACGCUUUCUAAGGGCAACCUGAGUAUCCCCCUUGGUAUUCGCGUAUUCCAUCAAAAUGACCGUGCACUGUCUGUAUAUCAGGGAAUUGCCCAGACAAACCUUCAUGUGGCUGUCUCUCUAGAGAGGUUUCGAGAGGAUGUUGGAGAUGUCAUGACCACGGGGAACUCAAGUGACUGUGAAUGGGAAACUCUUCAAAUGCUGCGUUUCCAGGAGAACGUUAUUGGGGAGUUGCACUACCAGGCUUUGGUACAUAGUGCUCACCACAAUUUGAGUGCUUUCACAGCCGAGGAGCUGGUUGAAGGUCCUCGCGAAAUGUACAGCCUGGACUCCGCAUUCUACCCAAUUACCAGGCCACCAAACCACCACUAUCGCUCGACAUCCAUCCGGAAACUUCUCAAUGCUUUCUCUCACUGGUCCUACAACGAAUCUGGUGGAAGCAGCGUAAUUGCUGGUUUCCAGGGUGUUGGGCCAGUAAUUACCGAAGCGGUUGUUCAUGAUGUCACGGGACACUGGACCAUUGGGAAUUUUGGUCAAUGUGCCAUCCGGCGCUUUCCAGACGAACACACUUGCAAUAACUUCUGUGUUGCGCUUGACUUACAGUUUGAAGAUUCUUCAUGA